CGUGGAGUAUCCGGUUUCUGGGCCGCCGUUUGCUCCGCGGCGGAGGCUGAACGAAGGGAGUUAUAAGCGCGCGCUCGGAAGUCUUCUGCUGGGUCGGACCAGGGUCCUGUCAUGGCGGGAAGAGGCGGAAGAGGAAGGGGCCGAGGCGGGCACAUGACCUUCAAUGUUGAGGCGGUGGGCAUCGGGAAGGGGGAGGCAUUGCCCCCUCCCACCCUGAAGCCAUCACCCCUCUUCCCUCCGCUGGAAUAUAAAGCCCUUCCCUUGCUGGCCGGAGAGGAGGUCGAAUACAUGCUGGCCCUGAAGCAGGAGCUGAGGGGGGCCAUGAAGAACCUGCCGUAUUUCAUCAAACCUUCGGCCCCCAAAAAAGAUAUUGAGCGCUAUUCCGACAAGUAUCAGGUGGCGGGCCCGACGGAUAACUCCAUGGAGUGGAACCCAGAUUGGAAGCAGCUACCUCCAGAACUAAAAAUCCGCGUGAAGAAGACUCGAAAACAAAGGCAGGUGAUUCCAGUUCCCAAGCAGAAACCCAAAGUGCCCACAGACAAGGAGGAAGCCAUUAAGAAGUUGGAGACGCUGGAAAAGAAAGAGGAAGAGGUGACAUCGGAAGAGGAAGAGGAGAAGGAAGAGGGUGAAGAAGGCAAGGAGGAAGAGGAGGAAGAAUACGACGAAGAAGAGUUCGAAGAGGAGACGGACUACAUCAUGUCCUAUUUCGACAACGGGGAAGACUUUGGGGGCGACAGCGAUGAUAAUAUGGAUGAAGCCAUCUACUGAGGCCGUCGGUGGGCGCUGGCUGAGUGGCGUGGCCUAUUUUUCUAGGCCUGCAUUGGCGACGUUUCUGGCGAUCCCACCCUUCAGGGCUCUCGAAAGGGGUCUCCAAAUGUCCCACUCCAGCCUCUAGGUAAGGGGUCUGCAACCUUUUGGCAACUUUAAGACUGGUGGACUUCAACUUCCAGAAUGCACCUCUUCAAGUCACCAAGGUGAAACUCAAAGAAAGAGAAUUCCUAAUUUUGUAGACAGAGUUUGGAGUGAUUCUUCUGGUUUUAAUUGAUGGUGGGAACAAAAAAAAAUUCAUAUAUUUGUGCUGUAAACUUAAUAUAUUUUUCUGCAUCCUGAAGUUCAUCCCCUGCCAAACUGAGGCCUUUUUUUGGGUGGGGUGUGUGUGUCACGUCUCUUCUUUUAAACGUGUAUGCAACAUUUUGGAUUGCAAAUUAAAUUUCUGUUUUGAUGUUUUUCCAGCUUCCCCUUGGGCUUAAGGCCUUGGGAAUUAGGGGGAGGCAGGGCUGAUGCCGGUGUCAAUCUCCUUUGACUUAAAAAGGAAAUAAAGAAGUGGGGUAUUUUUGCAAGGGGGCCUCUGGGGGCCACACUUGAUUGGGAAAUAAAAGGAUAAGCGGAGUUUUCCAUCUCUUGUAGCUCAAAAUUGCCCACCUGCUCAGGUGGAGGUGCCAAGUGGAAGUUGGGAUGUGUGCAAGACCCUGGAUGGGGGACAUACCACCCCAGUUUUUCCAGUCCAAGGUCUUCGUGGCCCUUUGCUUCCUGAAGGGGACAUAGAAGAAGAAUAGAAUAGAGCCGAAAGGGACUUUAGAGGUCAUCUUGUCCAACCCCCUGCUCAAGCUGCUUCCCACAUGAUGAGUAGGAGUUUCUGGGCAGGUGUGAAAUUUGGCUGGGCCAAAAGCUUGCAACGUUUUGGGCCUAAUAUGGGUAGUCCUCGGCUUAUGACCACAAUUGGGACCAGAAAAGACUUUUAAGCAGUGUGGUCAUUCAGUGAGGCACCACGUGGCCGUGGCUGAUCCUUUUUUUUUUUUUGCCAUGGAUGUUGCCCAAAUCACUCAUGCUCAUGAACAAGAUACAGGUAGAGACUUUCAACUGUUUUGUUCAGUGACCAUUUGAAGUUUAUGACAGCACUGAAAAAAAAGUGAAUU